UCUCCAAGAACGCAACACCUGGCUUUCCAGAGACCUUCCCCGCCCCUCAGUGCCCAUUCUCCGCGUGGCUCUGUGCAGAUACUCUCAAGCUGACUUGCCUGUGGCCUCCAGGGAGGCCCUCCCAUCCUGGCUGCUUUCAGGGUGUUUAAUAAUUGCCUGUAGACACAAAUUCCAAUAGGAAUAGAAAGAAGAAAAGCUGAGACUCAUUCCAAAGCUCUCCUGAAAUUAUUCUUCGUCCCUCCUGAUAAUUUCCUGGUAUAACUGGCCAUCUUUUGCUUUCAUAUUCCCAACAAAUGAUUUUGCUAAUGCUACGAGGCGUGGCUUUGGCUCAGCUGCCUGUGUUUUUUCCCGGAGUUAGCCUUUGUCUCUACAUAACAUUGCAUCCUGGCUCUCUGAAAUCCCCACUGAAUUUGGAGAAAUUAUGUCUUGGCAUCCGACCCACUUUCCUGGAACACAAUGUGAUGCUGACGGCAUAGCCGGGUCACUCCACUUGACAAUGAGUUUGCUUGUCUCAUUUCAUGUAAAUACCCAGUGCUGAGUAAGAACAGACGUAGAAAGCCUUACUUACAGCCCAGUAUGUCUCACGCGCGUGGCGAUCCCUUGUGUAGUGCCGCUCCUGAAUGAAUCGAUGAGAUCUGGGAUGAAUCACCCGGCCAGCCAAUAGCUAUCGGAAUCACUCUUCACGUGUGACUGCGUUGCAUUGUUACCAGACGUGUCCGGAUAGACCUGCCCAGCCAUCCCCGCCGAUGUUCAUUCGCAGCGCUGCCUGAAGGAGAUGAGGAGAUGAGGUCAAACUGUUCCAGCAGCUCAGCCUGCCCGGCCAACAGUUCGGAGGAGGAGCUGCCUGGGGAACUGCAGGCUUAUGGGAGCCUCGAACUUGUUUUCACGGUGGUGUCGGCUGUGAUGAUGGCGCUGCUCAUGUUCUCCCUAGGAUGCUCCGUGGAGGUCCUGAAGCUGUGGACGCACGUCAGGAGGCCCUGGGGCAUUGCCGUGGGGCUGCUCUGCCAGUUUGGCCUCAUGCCUUCCAUAGCCUACCUCUUGGCCGUCAGCUUCUCCCUGCAGCCAGUGCAGGCCGUGGCUGUUCUCAUCAUGGGCUGCUGCCCUGGAGGGACCAUCUCUAACAUAUUCACCUUCUGGGUGGAUGGAGAUAUGGAUCUCAGUUUGAAGAUGAUGAUGCCAUUCUUCCUAGUGCAAGUGGAAUCUUGUUAUGUUGAAGUUAGACUUUGCCAACGAUCUUCCUGUAUGUGGAGAGAGACCACGCUGAAUGGAGUUUUCUUCUCUGUAGGGAUCACCCUCGUGUGCCUGACCAUUCCUGUGGCCUUCGGUGUCUAUGUGAAUUACAGGUGGCCAAAACAGUCCAAGAUCAUUCUGAAGAUUGGCGCCAUCGCGGGUGGGGCCCUCCUCCUGGUGGUCGCGGUGGCUGGUGUGGUGCUGGCGAAGGGAUCUUGGUACUCAGAUGUCAACCUUCUGACCAUCAGUUUCGUCUUUCCUUUGAUCGGCCACAUCGCAGGCUUUCUGCUGGCACUCUUUACCCACCAAUCCUGGCCAAGGUGCAGGACAAUUUCCUUAGAAACUGGAGCUCAGAAUAUUCAGAUGUGCAUCACCAUGCUCCAGUUAUCUUUCAGCACGGAGCACUUGGUCCAGAUGUAUAGUUUCCCGCUGGCCUACGGACUCUUCCAGCUGUUGGACGGAUUUCUCAUUGUUGCAGCAUAUCAGACAUACAAGAGGAGACUGAAGAAUAAACACAGAAAAAAGAACCCAGACUGUGCAGAAGUCUGCCAUGAGAAGAAAUCCGCUUCUUCCAAAGAGACUGACUCUUUCUUGGAGGUGAAUGAAGGUGCCGUAUGUCCGGGGCCAUCAGGGCCAGCGGAUUGCCACGGGGCUCUUGAGCCAACUGGCCACCUUGCUUCUUGUGAAUAAGUAGGGGACUUGCUGGGGAGACCCCUCAGCAGCCAGUAAAGACAGCGUGGAGCUGACGCAUGAAUCUCCUUGGAGUUCUUCUGGGGGCUUAUGCCACAUAUUUACUAGCUGCUGUGUGUACUUCUUGUCUUCCCAUGUAAUCAAUGGUGCCUGACAAUAGGUAAAAUCCAUCCUCAAUGUCACAUUAUUAAAAAUUGUUCCCAUA